UCGUCGUUUCAUUCACUUCUUGUAAUUCACUUUUCAUUUUUUAGUACUCCCUUUCACAAGGCGACAGCUAUCAACCGUGUGCUCUGCCGUAGAUAUGGCCGUGUCAUCGUUCUCGUGUCCGCGAGUCUUCUCAGGUUCGUCGUCUUCGCAUUCGUCAUCGUUUGAGUGCCGGUCCGAUCCCGACUUUUCCGGUUCGGCGAGGCUCGAGACGCCGAAGAUCUCGGCCCGAGCCGUUGUUAUGGUGUCGUUCAGCGGCGUGUCGUCUAUGAUCUUUAGGUUCCCUCCUAACUUCGUGCGCCAGCUUAGCACGAAGGCCAGGAGGAACUGUAGCAAUAUUGGUGUGGCGCAAAUCGUGGCGGCUUCUUGGUCUAAUAACGCGGCUUCAGGUUCUUCCACUUCGGCGGCGGCGGCUUCUGGAUCCGCUGCCGCCUCUGCUGUCCCCGCCCCUGCCGCGCCGGUUGAGAUGACAACUGGCGAUGAGAUGGCGGUGGUUGACGGAUUGAAUAAUGUACAGAUGAAGGCUCUCGCCGAUUUGAAAAAAGAGGCCUCGUUUUUGAGCUCCGAUGGGAGCCUCACAAUUCAUGCUGGUGAAAGGUUAGGUCGCGGUAUUGUUACUGAUGCAAUUACUACCCCCGUGGUGAAUACAUCUGCCUACUUCUUUAAGAAAACUGCUGAACUUAUUGAUUUCAAGGAGAAACGCCAUGCAAGUUUUGAAUAUGGUAGGUAUGGAAACCCAACAACUGUUGUUGCAGAGGAGAAGAUAAGUGCACUUGAAGGGGCUGAAUCAACUGUGAUUAUGGCAUCUGGGAUGUGCGCCAGUGUAGUUAUGCUCAUGGCAUUGGUUCCAGAAGGUGGUCAUAUUAUUACAACCACUGACUGCUACAGGAAGACUCGGAUUUUCAUUGAGACUGUUCUUCCCAAAAUGGGGAUCAAGGCUACGGUUAUCGAUCCAGCGGACAUGGCUGGGUUGGAAUCAGCACUUAAUAACAAUGAUGUUACACUUUUCUUCACUGAGUCUCCUACCAAUCCAUUCCUAAGAUGUGUUGAUAUCAAAUUGGUUACAGAGCUUUGCCACAGAAAAGGAGCAAUUGUCUGCAUAGAUGGCACAUUUGCAACACCUCUGAAUCAGAAGGCCUUGUCCCUUGGUGCCGAUCUUGUUCUACACUCAGCUACAAAAUACAUUGGUGGCCAUAAUGAUGUCCUUGCUGGUUGCAUUAGUGGUUCAGAGAAGUUGGUUACACAAAUUCGUAAUUUGCAUCAUGUAUUUGGUGGUGCGCUUAACCCGAAUGCUGCAUAUCUGAUCAUUCGAGGCAUGAAGACACUGCAUCUUCGUGUACAGCAACAGAAUUCAACUGCGAUGAGGAUGGCCGAGAUUUUAGAGGCACAUCCUAAGGUGAAACACGUCUACUAUCCAGGUCUGACCAGUCAUCCUGAACAUCACAUUGCCAAGAAGCAAAUGACUGGAUUUGGUGGCGUUGUCAGUUUUGAGGUUGAUGGAGACCUGAUGACUACCAGCAAAUUCAUUGAUUCUCUAAAAAUCCCCUAUAUUGCCCCGUCCUUUGGUGGCUGUGAGAGUAUUGUGGAUCAACCGGCUAUAAUGUCUUAUUGGGAUCUUAGCCAACCAGAGAGACUUAAGUACGGUAUUGCAGAUAACUUGGUUCGAUUUAGCUUUGGCGUUGAAGACUUUGAAGAUCUGAAGGCUGAUAUUCUGCAGGCUCUGGGUACCAUUUAAGGCGUGUCACCUUCUGUUUCUUUUUCUUUCAUGCUAAAUUCAUUUGCUUUGCUUUCUUGAUCUUUUUCCGAGUACCGAACUUUCUACUGUUUUGAUUAGUAAUUGUUUUCCGGAUGUUGUGUUUUAAGUUAUGAGAUCAAUUAUCAAAAUGUAUUAAUCUAGUAUGAUUUUUGUGUUGAAAUUUGCCAUUCUUCUAAUGUUUGAAGAAUGAUUUGAGUC